AUGGCGCUCUUUACUAGAUGGCUCAAUCCCAAGAAAGCGCCAGAAGUUGUUCCAUUGAUAACCGUAGAAAAAGAUGAUUUUUCAAUUCAAGUCCAUCAAGAAAACCUACAACAACUAUUCGAUUUAGAACAAUUGCAUAAAACCAAGGUUGUGAUUAUCGGCAUUAGUGGAAAGAGUCGAUCUGGCAAAUCUUUACUUAUGGACAUCAUCAAGCUCUUUGUACAAGAAAAGAUUGUUAACGCUCAAGAAGCUGGUCUUGCAUCUCGAGCGUGGAAACUUAUCGCUGGUGAAAAUGAAUGGUUAACGGCCGAUAAAUUGCAAAAAUCGCAGGCUUCCCACUUUAUGAACUUUCAACCUGCUAUGAAUGCCAAAGGCAUCUAUGCUUAUAAGCAACCCUUACUAUGUAAAACAAAUGAUGAUGAUAAGGUCGUAGUUGUUUUUCUCGAUACCAACGGUUUCUGUGGUAACGAAUUCCACUUGGAUAAAACUAUCUUCAUUCUGAUGUCUCUAAUCUGCUCACAUCAUAUUAUUAAUGUCCAAACCCAUUGCGAUGACACUGAAUUCGCUAUUUUAAGUACACUGGAAAACUGUUUCAAUCGAGCAAGUGAGAAGUGUGACGUAAAACUACUCUUUCCGAGAGCUACCGUGAUUGUUCGAGAUUCUUUGGCAAAUAAUGAACAACUCGGUUUAGUCGAAAAUACUACAGCAAUGCGUGUCGUAACGGGAGCGGACAAAGUUGAUAGAAUUUUAAGUAAACAUUAUCGAGAUGUGAAAUGGUACCUUUUCCCGACAACAUCACCUGUUAAAGACGGCAACGAAAACUCAGCUGUUGGUGUUGAUAUUUUAUUAAGCGACAAAGAUGAAAUGAAGCGACAGCUGAUUAAUUUUUGUAAAGACUUUUGUAAUCCUGAAAAGCUGGAAGUUAAAAGUGUAUUUAACCAUGUCAUGAUUUUCCCCGAAGUAUUACGUCAUAUCAACAAAAUAUGUCGCCUUUUCCAGUGCGACCCCAAGACGGAUGCUGUGUCGCAUCGGGCAACUUUGCCAAGUGCAGAACGACUCCACGAGGGAAUAGUUAUGUCGAUGUGCGAUGAGGGAAUUCAAUCUCUAAAGAAAGAUUAUAAACAAUACGUCAAAGUUGUACAGUCAGAAGUCGGUAAUGUGGUACCAGAAGAUAAACUAGAGGAAGUCAAAAUCAUAGUUCUUCGAAAAACACUAAAAUUUAUGGACAGUUUUAAAAUCGCGGGAUGUGCAGAAGUUGUUGAAUGUUAUAUAGAUAAAGCAUAUAAAGAUUUACUGGUUAUUCAUGCAGAAUCAAAAGCAGUCUUAAUACAAGCACAGAAUGAAAAACUUCAGAGUGAAAAGAAGCGAGCUAAUGAAGAAAUUAAAAACUUAACUCAAGAAAAUAAAAUUUUAUUGGAUAAUUUACAAAAAGAAACAGAUAAACGAUUAUCAGCGGAAGAAAAAUUGGAUCUGACAACCAAAGAAUUAGAAUAUGAGAAGUCGGAGGUGGAAGAGUUAGAAAAGGAAUUGGAAGAUACCAUGCAAUUAUUAAAUGAAUUGAAAAUAGAAAGAUUACCUGUCUCCCCUAGAACUGUAGUUAAGAAAGAAAAAGAAGAAUUUGACAACGAAGAAAAACCAACCCCUGAAAGCAUUGAAAAGGUAGAUGUAACAGAAAGAGCUUUAAAGGAGAGCAUACAAGAAGAAAAAAACAAACGAAUACUGCUUGAAGAGACAUUACAUAUGACAAUCAAGGUAUUGAAAGAAAAGGAUUUUGAUAAUGUCAAAUUGCAAAAAGAGCUAGAAGAAACCAUGCAAGCAAUAAAUCAAAUGGAAAGUAAGGAAUUGCAAGCUACAGGUGCUCACUCAAAAGAAGCCGAAAUCAAGGAGGGAAAUGAGGAGAUUCAAAAUGAGAAGCAGAUCAGGGAAGGAAUCGAAACGUUACCUCAGGAAGAUGCAACCUAA